GGUUUUAGGCAAAGGGGUUUUCAGAGCUCUUCCACCUCAACCUCUCAUACUCCUCUCUGCUGAUUCUCAAGUCUCAACCUCGUCAAGAUUGAAGAAGAGCACCAAGUAAGCACUCAAAUCCCUUUACUCUCUCUCUCCACUGAAUUUUCAUUUUCUCUCUUGAGAAAAAAAUGACAUAACCCACUGAAGAAACCAACCCCAGAUGCGUCGGACCAUUUUCUCCAUCUUCACUCACCGGAUUCUCGCAAAUUCCAACUCUGCACGCACCACCUUCUUCUACUCCAAUCCCUUAAACCCUAAACCCAAUGGAGGGUUCGCCUUCUUUCGCAGAUUUUCGUUCACUCGGCGCCCGCCCGAACCCGACCCCAACGACCCGUCCACUCUCAUGAAGGAAGAUGGUGUCUCUGUUUGUUGCCAAAUGUGGUUAGAGAAUUUCCGUGAACCCGAUAGGAUAGCGACUAAUUUGAGCUCGUAUUUACGCCGAUUCGAGUUGUGGGUAUUGGCGUACCAGAAGGUUUCCGCUGAUGAGACCGGGGCGUAUGUGCCCCGGAACACGAUUGAAAGGUCGGCUCUUGAGGACCUUUUGGCACUGCGAAAUGCAGUGCUUGAUAAUAGGUUUAGGUGGGGGGCUCGGUUGGAUUUCUUUUUAAAAUCGCCCAAGGAUAAGACCGAUUACGGGUCGUUGUCCAAGAGGAAGAUUAAGGCGAUUUUGACGACCUCACAACCGGCUCCAUUUCAGGAUAAGAUAGUUCAGGAGGUGUUGUUUAUGAUUUUGGAGCCGGUGUAUGAGACUAGGUUCUCGCCAAAGUCGUUUGCGUUUAGGCCAGGGAGGAAUGCACAUACCGUGUUGAGGGUGAUCAGGAGCAGUUUCGCGGGAUAUUUAUGGUACAUAAAGGGUGAUUUGAGUACGAUUUUGGAUGGGAUGAAGGUGGGGUUUGUGAUAAAUGCUUUGAUGAGGGAUGUGAGGGAUAAGAAGGUGAUUGAUUUGGUGAAAUCGGCGUUGGUCACACCAGUGAUCACUACCAAGGUUGGUGAAGAUGGGGUGAAGAAGAAAAAGAUAAAGAGGAAGUAUCAGAAGAAGAGGGUGUUAGCGGAGGAUGAGCCAAAGCCGGACCCGUAUUGGUUAGAGACGUUUUUCGGGUUUGCCCCUGAGGAGGGGGAGAAGACUCCUUCUUGGGGCCAUUGUGGGAUUCUUAGUCCUCUCUUGGCUAACAUUUGUCUGGAUGAAUUGGACCGCUGGAUGGAAGGGAAGAGUAAGGAGUUUUAUCGUCCUUCAAAGAGUGAUGUCAUAUGGAAUAGCCCGGAGGGGGAAGCAGAACGUGGGAACACGUCUUGGCCGGAAUUUGUGCCAACAAGUGGGCCAGAUAAGACACGGAAGAUGGAUUAUAUCCGAUAUGGCGGUCACAUUCUGAUUGGUGUUCGGGGACCUAGAGCGGAUGUGGCAACACUGAGAAAGCAGUUAAUUGAGUUUGUUGAUCAAAAGUAUAUGCUCAAGCUUGACAAUGAGAGCCUUCCUAUUGAACACAUAACUAAGGGUAUAAUGUUUCUUGACCAUGUCUUGUGUCGGAGAGUAGUGUACCCUACUCUACGUUACACUGCUACUGGCGGGAAGAUCAUUAGCGAGAAGGGUGUGGGAACCCUUUUGUCGGUCACAGCAAGCUUGAAACAAUGCAUUAAGCAGUUCAGGAAGUUGAGCUUUCUGAAGGGGGAUAGGGAUCCAGACCCACAACCUUGUUUCAGAAUGUUUCAUGCCACUCAAGCUCACACGAAUGCACAAAUGAACAAGUUUUUGUCAACAAUGGUUGAGUGGUAUAGGUAUGCCGACAACAGGAAGAAAAUCGUGAACUUUUGCUCUUACAUCAUAAGAGGUUCCCUUGCAAAGCUAUAUGCUGCAAAGUACAAGCUCCGUUCACGAGCCAAGGUGUACAAGAUUGGUGCUCGGAAUCUGGGCCGUCCUUUGAAGGAGAAGAAAGGGCAGUCACCUGAGUAUCAUAAUUUGCUGAGGAUGGGUCUUGCUGAGUCAAUUGAUGGGCUUCAAUAUACCAGGAUGUCUCUUGUACCUGAGACUGAUUACACCCCUUUCCCAAGUAAUUGGAGACCCAAUCAUGAGAAGGCAUUGCUUGAAUAUAUAAGGCUUGAGGAUCCAAAAACUUUGGAGGGGCAAAAGAGUUGCAUUAGGGAGCAAGGUCUGGUUUCACCUCAGGAUUACACUUCGAUGCUUGUUUGGAACUAUAAAAGGAAUGCUAUCAUGAUGGAUCAGCUUUCCCUGCUAAAAAGUGCCAGUAGUAAUGCAGGACAAGACGAGCAGUUGCUGCUGGGCUCAAACCAAGAGGACCAUGAUCACGUAACUAAAGAAAUGGAAGAAAAUAAUGAAGGGAUUCAUGUGGCACAAAUGUAAGGUUUUUAUCUUAUACGCUGUGCGUGGAAAGUGUAAUUCAUCGAUAACUGCGCUUUGUACUGGUUAGAGAAAACAAAGCAGUUGAUUUCAAAAGCAAAAGAGAUAAAGAACACAAAUGUGAAUUUCAUGUCACAGAUAUGUAAGUUAUAUUUAUGCUUUGUGGUUGAAAAGUGAAAUUUUUCUGUGAGGAUGU